AUGCAAUUGGUGCGUACUACCACCUGUCAGUGCCACGUGGUAGUACCGUACUAUUGUAUAAUUUCUCCUAACGCAGCUUUUGGGCAGUCAUCUAGCAGCCCGUUUGCAUCCCAACCGGUCUUUGGGCAGACCAGCAACACAAGUAACAAUCCUUUUGUUCCAAAGCCUUUUGGUAGCACAACUCCGUUUGGUGCCCAAACAGGGAGUUCCAUUUUUGGCGGCACUUCAACUGGUGUAUUUGGUGCAGCUCAAUCUUAUUCACCUUUUGGAAAUACAACUCCUGCUUUUGGAGCAGCUUCUAGUCCAGGUUUCAAUAGUUCACCAUCACCGUUUGGUGGUUCAUCUGGUUUUGGUCAGAAGCCUGUUUUUGGAGCAUUUGGGUCCAAUACUACUCAACCAAGUCCUUUUGGAAGCACAACUCAGCCAUCACAGCCAGCAUUUGGGAGCGGUAUAUUUGGUUCCACCACACCAUUUGGUGGAUCAAGUCAGCCAGCCUUUGGGGCUACUAGCACCCCCCCAGCCUUUGGGACUACAAGUAGUCCAGCCUUUGGUGCUACAACCAACCCAGUGUUUGGUGCUACAAGCACCCCAGCAUUUGGUGCUACAAAUACCCCAGCAUUUGGUGCUACAAGUACCCCGGCCUUUGGGGCUACUAGCACCCACUCAGCCUUUGGGGCUACAAGCAGUCCAGCCUUUGGUUCCACAACAAGUCCUACAUUUGGAAGCACAGGAUCUGCAUUCGGGGUGUCAAAUUCUUCCGUGUUUGGAUCUACAGGAGCAUUUGGGGCUUCAAGCACCCCAGCUUUUGGUUCUUCUGGAUCCACCUUUAGUACUUCAAGAAAUCCAGGUUUUGGUGCGUCAAGUGCUCCUGGUUUUGGUUCAUCCAGUACUCCAUCUUUCACCUUUACAUCAGCUCCUGCUUUUGGCCUAUCAAAUUCUACAUUUGGUAGUGCCUCAUCUCCGUUUGGAGCACAGAGUUCUCCAUUCGGAGCUCAGCCAACAACAUUAGGGAGCAAUGCCUUUAGGCACUCAGCUUUUGAGGGCCAACAAUGUGGGGGUAGUAGAGUGGCUGCAUAUGCAGAAACUCCUGAACCAGAUGGUAGUUGGUGGGCCACUGCUGCAAAAUUGGAGUCAAUGUCAGCAAUGCCAGUAUAUAAAGACAAAAGUCACGAAGAACUUCGCUGGGAGGAUUAUCAAUUGGGGGAUAAAGGUGGUCCAGCUCCUGCUGGUGGGAGUGGCUUUGGCAUGUCUACAUCACAACCAAACCCUUUGAAUACUGCACCGUCAUUUCCUCAAGCAUCUACAAGCCCUUUUAAUAGCGCAACUUCAUCUAGUUUGUUUGCAACAAAAAUUCCAUUUAGUUUGUUUGCAACAAAAAUUCCAUUUAGUUUGUUUGCAACAAAAAUUCCAUUCUUCUCUUCUACAGGCUUUGGAACAUCGUCUACACCAUUCAGUUCAUCAUCUUUUGGUUCAUCCAGUACUCCAUCUUUCAGCUUUUCAUCAGCUCCUGCUUUUGGCCAAUCAAAUUCAACAUUUGGUAGUGCCUCAUCUCCUUUUGGAGCACAGAGUUCUCCAUUCGGAACUCAGCCAACAACAUUGGGGAACAAUGCCUUUAGGCAGUCAGCUUUUGGGGGCCAACAACGUGGGGGUAGUAGAGUGGCUGCGUAUGCAGAUACUCCUGAACCAGAUGGUGGUUUGGGGUGCACUGCUGUAAAAUUGGAGUCAAUAUCAGCAAUGCCAGUAUAUAAAGACAAAAAUCACGAAGAACUUCGCUGGGAGGAUUAUCAAUUGGGGGAUAAAGGUGGUCCAGCUCCUGCUGGUGAGAGUGGCUUUGGCAUGUCUACAUCACAACCAAACCCUUUGAAUACUGCACCGUCAUUUCCUCAAGCAUCUACAAGCCCUUUUAAUAGCGCAACUUCAUCUAGUUUGUUUGCAACAAAAAUUCCAUUCUUCUCUUCUACAGGCUUUGGAACAUCGUCUACACCAUUCAGUUCAUCAUCUUUUGGUUCAUCCAGUACUCCAUCUUUCAGCUUUUCAUCAGCUCCUGCUUUUGGCCAAUCAAAUUCGACAUUUGGUAGUGCCUCAUCUCCUUUUGGAGCACAGAGUUCUCCAUUCGGAACUCAGCCAACAACAUUGGUGAACAAUGCCUUUAGGCAGUCAGCUUUUGGGGGCCAACAACGUCAGGUUAGUAGAGUGGCUGCUUAUGCAAAUACUCCUGAACCAGAUGGUGGUUUGGGGUGCACUGCUGCAAAAUUGGAGUCAAUAUCAGCCAUGCCAGUAUAUAAAGACAAAAGUCACGAAGAACUUCGCUGGGAGGAUUAUCAAUUGGGGGAUAAAGGUGGUCCAGCUCCUGCAGGUGGGAGUGGCUUUGGCAUGUCUACGUCACAACCAAACCCUUUGAAUGCUGCACCGUCAUUUCCUCAAGCAUCUACAAGCCCUUUUAAUACCGCAACUUCAUCUAGUUUGUUUGCAACAAAAACUCCAUCCUUCUCUUCUACAGGCUUUGGAACAUCGUCUACACCAUUCAGUUCAUCUUCUUUUUGGUUUUCUGCUUCAUCCUACUCUAGCUUCAACAGAAAGAAGAAGAAGAAGAAGAUGAAUGUAACAGUUGGAUCAAUGGAGGGAAUGUAA